UGGACUUGGUGCUGUUGUUGGCUGAUCGAUCUCGGAGUCAGAUAUAAUAGUCCUCUGCCCUUUUCUACUAUUUCAUUCAUUCUUCUAUCUCCUUUUCUAUCAGUCUGAGCCAGUCUGCUAGCUUCUCCAUCUCAUCAUUCGAUACAAUUACCAACUCUUGCUGGUUUCUCUUUUCCCCAUACCCUGCUACUUCUGACCGACCUUCUCCACUUUUUUUUUCCUCCUCUUUCCCUCUCCCCCAACCUCCCUCUUUCCAUCCCUCCAUGUCUCUCACGGACAUGGACUUGUUCAAAAAUUCAGUGCCUGAAAGCUGCACCGGCAUGGACAUGAUUUCGAUGAUGAUGCAGAUGGAGAAGUUUCCAGCUGAUCGGUUCUGCUAUCCUUUCUUCAACACUCCCACUGAGAACCCUGAAGCUGAGACUGCUAAUAUUGCUGCCACUACUCUCCCCACAUCCCUCAACCCUAACGAGGCUCCUGAUUUUGUCAACGGUCCAGUUAUUCAGCAAUCCGUGGCACCGCCAGUCUUUCUUCAGGCUCACUCUGACGAAGUUCACGCCACGAGAGUCAGAAAUAAAUAUAACCCCAAUACAUCGCAUGCCUUCCCCCGCGCUUCGGACAAGAGGAAUUCAAUGGCGGCCAUGAGAGAAAUGAUAUUCAGGAUAGCGGUGAUGCAGCCCAUUCAUAUAGACCCGGAGUCGGUGAAGCCGCCGAAGCGAAGGAAUGUGAAGAUUUCAAAGGACCCUCAGAGCGUGGCGGCAAGGCACAGGAGGGAGAGGAUAAGCGAGAGAAUAAGAAUUCUGCAGAGAUUAGUUCCCGGCGGGACGAAAAUGGACACGGCUUCCAUGUUAGACGAAGCUAUACAUUACGUCAAGUUCUUAAAGAAACAAGUACAGACUCUGGAACAAACUGGGGCUAGUAGGCCCGUGGGUGUUCCUUUCACUGGCGCCUCAAGUACUGCCGAUGUCAAUUAUUCUGAUUUCAUCAAGGGAUGUCAACCAGCUUCUCGAAUGGUAGGUUCUAUGCAGAUACUCAGUAGAAAUGAACAGUGAAAUUUUGAUUUCCAUUAGUACGGUGAACGAUCAGUUGAGCAAGUGUUGCAUGAAUAACAUUGUUACUGGUUGCAAUAAUAUCCUCUUCUUGUCGAACCGACAAGGGAAAACUAAUGUGUGCGAAUAUGUGUUAGUCUUACUUCUAUUUGAUGAUUUGAUGAGCACGCCCGCAGAACCUUCAGGAGAUCAUUACUUUGGCUUGUUCCUGAUUCGCAGAUACUGUAGUAAAACCUCUGAAGACAAGAACGCGAAUAUUUAUAGGCAGUUCUAUAUCUUCUUCUUCUUUUUGAAUGGCCUAGACUUUUGUAUGAUUGCAUAUCGUCAGGAAUUAAACUAACCAACGUUCUUAAGAAAG